GCUAGUUCAAGCAACACUAUCAAAAUGUUCGCCAAGAUUGUCAUCUUCUGCGCUGCCCUCGCAGCUGCUCAUGCCUCCCUUGUAGGACCUCUGGGAUUGGGAGCACCCGUUCUCGCUGCCGGACCCUUGGGUAUCGGAAAAGGACUCAUCGCCGCCCCUGCUGUAGCCACCGUUUCCACCCAGAGAGCCGCCAUCAACCACGUUGCCCCUGCCGCACCACUCGGUCUUGCUGCUCCUCUUGGUCUCGCUGCUCCUCUUGGUCUCGCUGCUCCCAUUGCUGCCGCUGCACCCAUCACCCUCGCCAACGGAGUCAUCGCCGGCAACGGAAUCCUCGCCAACGGAGUCAUCGCCGGCAACGGAAUCCUCGCCAACGGACUCGUAGCUGGAGCUCCCCUUGUUGCCGGUACUGGCCUUCUUGGUGCCCCUCUUGGUCUUGGAAUAGGAAAGCUCGGUCUUGCAGCACCUCUUGGUCUUGGACUCGGAAAGGUUAUCUUGUAAUUAUAUUUGUACUUAUUGUUGAA